AUGUGGUCCACACCUGCUGCUUCCAUGAAAGACUUGUAUCUGUGGGUCAACAGAAAUGAAUUUUUCCUGGUUCCUACAGGGAUCAUAUGUGAUGUGUCCUCACUGCAGCCCAGUGUUCUACAAAGACGGAGCGGGCAGAUUCCAGAGGAGCUCACCACAUUAGAGGAAGACAUCCAGAAAGUCAUCAAUCAGAUCCACUCUUUGUCCAAUGACAACAAACAGACGCGCAGCUUCACCGCAGGAGAGGAGAGUUUCUCCUUAGAGGAAUAUUACAGUGUGAUGAGUAACCUGUACGCUCUCUUCCAACCUCUGGUGAGAGACAGGUUCACAGACGACCUUCCCAGGAUCUUAGUUUGCAUCAUGUCAGGGAGGCAGGACUGUGGCCUGGAGGCAGAUCUGACCAAGGCGGUGACUCUGGAGCUGGGAAGGCCCCUGCUGGCGUUUGUGUCGUCUCUGAGGUCGCAGACAUGCUCUCCUCUGAGCGGCGACACACAGUCCUCCAGCUUCUCCAGGGCCUACCUCCGGAUGGGGGAGUCUGUGGCCACAGUGUUCACUGGUUUUCAGCAAACCUUAAUUAACAUACUGACAAGUGUCCCCCUCUCUGGGAAUUUCAUGGGUGCAGCGAGCGGCCUCGUGGACGCAGCCUUGACAAACGUCCUGAGGUUAAUGGCAACGUUGCUCCAAGAACCAAUGGACUACUUCAACAUAGCUUUACAGUUUGGAAUCAGUGUUCCGUCUUUAGACAGCCAGGAGACCUGUCAGCAAGGAGAUCUCAAGCAGCUCAUCAUGUGGGGGAUAAACCACAACGUGAGCUGGUCCUUCAGUAACUCCAUCGUGGACAUCCUCCUGGACAUCUUCUUUGCCCCGCAGCAGCCUCCGUGCACCUACCCAGGGCCCGAGUGCCAGAGCCCCCCCGGCGUCCUCUUCCAGCGCAGCGCCUCGGAGGCGGCAGGUGACGGACAAGACGACGUUCUCACGUGCGAUCGCCUCAACCUGGCGCGGCUCAACGACACGCUGUGCGCCGACAUCCUCGCCGGGUCGAGGGCGGGAUCCCACACGUCGGUGCUCACCUUCUGCCAGGCGCUGAACUCCCUCAGCGUCCUCCAGGUGCAGCAGGUGUGGAGCAACGUGUGCUACGUGGUCCGGGAGGUGGCUGCCCCGCUGAGCAGGUCAUCCGACUGCAGUGUUGAGGACGUGCGGCCUUCCCCUGACACCACCACCACCACCCCUUCCCCUCCCACCGUCCCGCCGACCGCGCCUCAUCGGGUGGCCACCAACCUCCGACAGCUCGCCUGCAACUAUAACAGCUGGUCGGCGAACGGGACGGUGGUGGACGCCGUGCUCGUGACCCUGUGCAGCGACAACGAGCGCGAGGAGUUCGUGCGGCAGGUGUGCAGCGACGCGCCGCUGAUGGAGAAGCUGCUGUCGGAGCGGAUGAACAUCUGGCUGUACGCGUACUGCGCCAACUCCUCCGCGGACCCCAAGGACCUGGUGGGGCACUUCUGCGUCUACGGGAAGUGGCUCGACCAGCCCGCGUUGCAGGUGGGGCCCCACUUGCUGGAGUUCUGCAUGAACCUGGACGGCCCCUCGCUGACCAGCCACAUCUGUCAGGACAUCGGAUUCUUCAUGAUGUUGUUCUCCAACCCGGAAAACUUCCAGUUCAUGCCCAACUGCUCAGUGUCGCCCCCUGCCGGCCUGUUCCCUGACCCGGGCUCACUCAUUCCAGAUUCGUGUCGUUACUCCAAAUGGCGCGAUGUGGCUCAAAUCCCUCAGGACGUGUUGAUCCAGUGUGUGCGCCUGGAUCAGAACGGGUUCACGAGAGAGGUUUGUGCAAACCAGACGUUUCUCAGCAGUCUGCUGCUCAACAAGGGAAACGACUGGCUGCAGGGUCACUGUCAAACCUCUCUCGGGUUUCUUCCCACCGAGCCCAGCGCGACAGUGAACGGCGUAGACUGGUGCGACUACGACACGUGGGGCGAGCGGCAGGUGGACGAGUCGGUGGUCGGCCUCUGUUGGAACAUCGAUAAACUGGUUUUUCAGAAGACCGUGUGCUGCAGGGCGUCACUGUUGGAGAAGCUGAUAGAAAACCCUCACAACCAGUGGCUGGUGUCUGUGUGCAGGGACGUGGAGGACCUGGUGUCCCCACAGAUGUGCAACUACUCAAAGUGGAGGUAUCCCAUCAUGGUGGACAUGACCGAGCUCGCUCUCUGCUCCGAGAAGGACCCGCUCAACUUCACCUCCAUAGUCUGCACCAACCGAACCAUCCUCCAGAACCUGCUGACCAAUCAGGACAACACCUGGCUCAUACAGCACUGUGCCAACCGCACAGGUCCCGGGGUUUCUCCUGGAGGUGAUGGAGAUGAUGGGGAUGACCCGGCUGGAUUCAACCCUGCCGAGCAGUGCCUGUACUCCAGCUGGAGCGUGGCUCUUCCAGAUGUGUCGCUGCUAACUCUCUGCUGGGAAUAUGACCAGCGCAAUUUUGUCUCCUCUGUCUGCCCAAACUCGGCUCUCCUCCUCUUGCUGUCCCAGGAGCCGUCCAGUUUAUGGGUGAGAAACAUGUGCACCACCUACACCAACUUCACCGCCAACACCACCACCGCCUCCACCACCACCACCACCACCACCACUAAAGCCACCACCACCACCGAAGCCACCAACCUCAGCACCACUGCACAACCUGAUUUUUGCCUGGCCCGGAAACUGGUGAGGCAGUUCAACUGGAACUGCUCGGCUGACUUCACCUCCGCCUGUCGGCCCGGGGCCAGUCAGAGUAUGACCCUGCAGAUGAUGCUGCGCUGCUGGGCGGAGAGUCUGAGGCCCCGGGUGGAGGACCUGCUGACUCCACCUGUGGCUGCAGGGCUGGAGCAGGCAGUCAGCACUACGGUGGUGUUCCUGUUGGUCCUAGAAGAAGUGCAGAACACCUCGCUGCACGUCGUCAAAAACAUUAGACUCAACGUGCUAGAGUCUGUGGCGCGCUACCUGGACAGGGAAAAAGAGGUUGGGAAAAGGAGAGCCGUGCUGCAGUGCUUCGGGACAGUGCUAACCAGCUUGAUGCAGACAGCAAGAGAUUUGAGCACAGAAGACUUCUUCUUCAUAAAGGAGUACUUCAGGCUGCCGCUGAGCAGCCUGAGGUCAGUGCUCAGUGCGACUAACAUCACCACUGUCAGACUGAUCCUUCAGUACUACAGCAGGAACAAGGAUACGCUGCAGUUGCCUAAUCAGUACCUGCCCAUCAUGUUGUCAGUGCUGCUCCACACCCACGUGAAGAAAGAUGUCAGUCUCUUCCCUGAGCUGGCUCCUCUGCUGGCCUCAGCCAGUACCGCUGACAUCCAAGCUUUACCCUCACUGCAGAACAACGUGAUUGUGAGGGAGGCAAUCAACAGUAACCUGGGUCACAUGACUCUGGACCAGCAGGAAGCAUUUGGCCAGUGGUACAGCAAAGAUAUGCCCCCGUCCAAAAUCAUCGAAGGUCAUCAGUCACUCAUUAGAGACAUCGGAAACCUGAUCGCCUACCUGCCCUUCCGCAACUUCCAACACCUCUCAUCUGCUCAGCUUGUGGACGGGCUGGAUGUGUUGCAGAAAAGCAACCUCACUGCUCUGAAGCAGGAGUUCAUCGCUCAGAGCCUCGUCAGCCGCUACAGGAACCUGACGGCUCAGGAUUUUAUCAGGCUGGGUAAACUGUCAUGCCUGGCAGACCCAGAAGACCUGCUGCUGUACAGAGGCACUGAGGCCUUCAGUGUCAUCCAGCACUUUGUCAUGAACUGCACACGUGAGGGACUCAGCCUGCCCAACCAUCUGAUUUCCAGAUUGUUGCUGAACAGCACAGAAUUUAAUGUCCCCUCCUCGCUCAGCGCAGCUCGACUGGCCGAGGUCGCCCACCUUAUGCCCUUGUUGGGUGUGACCUUCCUUCAGGGUCUCACUCCACCACAGCUGCUCGCUGUCCUCCCUGCUCUCAGCUCUACUGCAUUUAGCCCUGCACAGGCUUCCGUGAUUGUAGACAAACUGACUUCGAGUACCACAAUGACCGCUCCAGGUCAGCUGCAGAAGCUCGGCUCCCUCAUCGUGGGAAUGAAGACAGAGACCUUGUUGACCCUCACCUCCGACAUACUGCUGUCUUCCCUGCCCGAGAUGGCCCAGCACACCCCAGGCCUCAGCCCGCCGGUGGCCACUUCUAUCUCCACCAAACUAUGGGGGUUUCCAGAGGUCGUCACGUGGUUGGAUGAUGUGGAGCCUUUGCUCUACUGCACGCCUCUGCUCAGUGUCCUGCCCAGGACUCGUCUGCUUGUGAACAACAUCGCCAAUAUAACCACGAAUCCCUUUAACACACAGCAGGCUAAAGCUAUUUUCAGAGAGGCACUUGAUACUAAACCAAACCUUAUCCACCAGCACUUUCUGAGUCUGGGAACACUGGGUCAAGGUGUGAGCUGUCAAGUCCUAAAGAAACUUUUUCAGGCCGACUCUUCACCUUCUGCCGUGAUAAGUAUCCUCCUCUUCCUCAGGCAGCAGCCUGGUCCUCUGCACACCUCGCUGAAAACGUGUGUGAUCGACGAGCUGUAUCAGCUGGAGUUCUUCUCUGAGCUGCUCAAAGACCUCGGAGCUGAGAUUGCCCUGUCCAUGCCCAUGAGCACCAUCAACAAGUUUUCUACAGCUGAGAUGGACGCUCUGAGGCAGCUGGUCAUUCAGGACCCUCGCCACUUUCUCAUGCUGCCGAGAAAAAAACAGGAACUGCUGGUGGACAAAAUGGGGCAGAGGAUGAGCAUGUACACAGGAGUGUUCACUGAGGAGGAGUUUCGUUCACUGGGCGUCAUGGCACCGUUUAUUGUGGAUGAGGUUUUCAUUCAUGUGGACCGCGGCUUCUUCAUCGACAAUCUGGAUUUCCUCCUGGGACUCUGCUACAGCACGAGCAAGAUGGACCUGGUGGCUCGGAUCCUGCAAGAACCUGCUGUCUUUGGCCCAGUAAAGAACUGGAACCAGACAACUCUCAGUCAGGUGGACCGGUUCCUGUUCUUCCUGCCUGAGGGCAGUGUGCAGGAAAUUUCCAGGGCGUUGAUGACUCUGGGACAUGUAGAGAAGCUGUUCAUGAUGCAGCGUCGGUGGGAAGACGGGCCGAUGGGAAGUCGUUGUUUGAACAAGAACGAGAGGAUGGCAUUUUUUGUCAAGCAGCAGUUUGUCCUUCAGUUUUUCCUGGGCUUCCUCAGUAUAAAUCCUCUGUCACCGACUCGAGUCGCUCCGACCUGUGAGAUUCUGCGUUCCAUCACUCCGGCUGCCUGGCCCUCCAGCAGCCUGACCAGCUUGCCUUCAUCUGCCUUCUCCAACUGUCUGGAGCUGAUGGGUCACGACUCGUUCCUCUCAUCCUACCAACGCAAGCAGCUGCUCCAGAAGGUCAAACAGAUGUACGGCCCCGUCUCGUCCUUCUCCCCGUCUCUGAUCUCUCAGCUGGGUGGUCUAGCAUUAGAGCUGACGGUGGACGAGCUGAGCAGCCUCCGACUGAUUGAGCAGAGGAGCAUUGCUGCUCUGGGUGCUGUCAGUGGCUGGAGCAACAGACAGUUGGCUGCUCUCUUUACCGCCAUGUUGAACUCCACCAAACAGACUCCCAGUCAGCUGGACUCCAGCACGCUGGUGGCCAUGGGACACAUCGUGUGUGGGGCUAAAGACACACAGAUCAAAUAUUUCAAUGCUGUUGAAUUCAGUAAGGCGGUGCUCUUUCUGGGUCAGUUGACGCUCUCCUGCUCGGAGGAGCAGCUCAAUGCUCUGGUGGGGCUGCUCAAACACAGUCUUGCUUUCGGACUCAUCAGUUCGUGGGGAACUGACGUCUUCAUUGAGAUCGGAAUUCUGGCAGCUGGUCUCGAAGACUUUGCCAUGUCGGCUUUGGUGAAAGAGCAAAUCGAAGGAAUUACACCCAUGGCUAUCUCAAUGAUAUCGCCUGUACGGUUCAGUGUGGCGUUAAACCACAUCCAGAUCAGCAUGUUCUCCUAUGAGCAGGCGGCUGCAGUGACUACGGAGCAGUUCUCCGCUCUGUCAGGCGUUCAGCAGACGGCCCUCGCCAUGGCGCUGACACCCUGGGAGAACAGGCCUAUAGACUUCAGAGGGAAGUCACUGGGGCUGGCGCUGAGCCACAGUCCUCUGUGCCUCGUACUGGGACUGCUGAUGCUGCUGAUCGUCCUGCCCGACCCUGAUCUGCCCUGGCUCAUGACCCCACUCACCCCUGCUGGAUCAGGAGACGCCUCUUCCCCAACAUAACCAAGACGAUCUCACUGAUCUGUGCAAACCGCACCUCCUAGAUAACAAGCAGCACUUCAGGAUGUAGAAAUAUAAAGUGUUCAGUGAGACUUUUUUGCAGUUGUCACUUUGAAUUAUCAACAUUCAGCACCAAACAAACCAAAGAUAUUGUUCAAUUCAGAGAAGUAAGAGAAAAACUAAACAUGUUCAGUGUAUAAACAACAUAUCCACCAACACCUUAUUUUCAUUUCACUUUUCAUUUCCUUUAUUUAUUACUUUAUUUAUAUUUUGAUGAACCUUUAUGAACUCCUGGUGUAUCUUUUUCAGGGAUGUGAUGCCAUACACAGGAAAUAAAUGGUAUAGUUACUAUACAGUUGUUUAUUAACAGUUCAAAGUUGUGUUGCAAACCUACAAAGUUCUAUAUUUUUGUGAAAGGAUAUAAUAUUUUUAUCAGAGCUUUAAUCUUUCCCACAUUUAUAUAUUGAUGCUGUGAUAACAGGUUCAUAAUGCUCCGUGAGACACACUUGUGUUAGUACUUCAGUGUAUUUGCUGUGAGUUUUGUGUUGUUGUGCACGCUCUGUUGCGUGAUAAAUAUAGAUGUAAAUUAUUAAAGUGAACCACUC